UGAUUGAUUGAUUUUUCUCGUUUUAAGUCACCAACCUAUAGAGGUUAUGCUGACUAACAGCAAAGCAGAGCUUCUGCGUACGCACAAAAGGACUCAAAAGACGCCAAAAUUAAGAGAAGGGAACAUGGUCAAGGCUGGAUGCUGGCGCGCUCGUACGACGUGGAGCAGCGUCCUGGAUACGAGACGAAUCGGAUUUGAAGGGAGAGGAAUGCCGUGGGCUGGAGUUUCGAGUUCGUCAAAGGCGGCCAAUAGGCAUGGCUCGGCCCACCGCUGCGCGGCAUUUAAUACAUCUAAAAGCCCUUACCCCUCUAACCCUUACCCUUCUAACCCUUACCCAAAGAUCGCGCGCGGAAGGCUUAUGGGGGUGCUCCCUAACUCCUGGAACAGGCAACUCUUUCCUCUUAAGCGCUUCAUGGUCCGAAUGCGCCACAGAUACUCCCAGAUUCGGAAUAUCAGUCCCGUAGUUCACGGUCAUGGUUUCGAAACCUUUGAUAUCGCAGUUUAUGUCGACUGGCGGGUAGCCUUCGCUUGUCCACUAGAUCUCCAGGUCGCCGAGCCCUUGGAUGAUCUUGGGGGUUCCGGCUGUAAGGCGCACGGCGAUUCCUGCGCUGGCAGUCUCGGCCACAACGUUGGCGGCCACGCCUCCCUGCACCUUUCCGAAAUCCAUCGUUAUAUUUCCAUACUUCGUACUCCAUGGCAGAUGCUCCCUCAAUUCUAG